ACUUAGAUCAUUUAAUUGAUGCUUAAACUGAAAGCAAAAUGUUCGCGGGGCUGCCUGAGCUUGGUAUAUCCAACGGAGAGGAUCUUAAAGAAACUCUCACUAACUGCACAGAGCCACUGAAAGCCAUCGAUCAGUUUCAGAUGGAAAAUGGAAUCCUGCUGCCAACGCUUCAGUCUGCUCUUCCUUUUCUCGAUCUCCAUGGGACACCUCGGCUAGAGUUCCACCAGUCUGUCUUUGAUGAGCUUCGAGAAAAGCUGAUGGAGCGAGUCGUUGUCAUAGCAGAGGGCAAGGAGGAGGACAGAUACAGGAAGCUUGAAGAGCUGCUUGAAAAGAGCUUCCCACUUGUUAAAAUGCCAUCUAUUCAGCCGGUGGUGAUGCAGGUCCUGAAGCAUCUACCUAAGGUGCCAGAGAAGAAACUAAAGAUGGUGAUGGCUGACAAAGAGCUCUACAAGGUGUGUGCAGUAGAGGUAAAAAGGCAGAUCUGGCAGGACAAUCAGGCUCUGUUUGGGGAUGAAGUCUCACCUCUCCUAAAACAGUACAUUGUGGAGAAGGAAGCAGCUCUGUUCAGCAGCGACCUCUCCAUCCUGCACAAUUUCUUCAGCCCUUCUCCAAAAACACGACGCCAAGGCGAGGUGGUUCUAAAGCUGACUCAGAUGAUUGGGAAGAAUGUGAAACUGUAUGACAUGGUGCUGCAGUUUUUACGAACUCUCUUUCUGCGAACCCGGAAUGUCCACUACUGCACCCUGAGAGCAGAACUGCUCAUGUCUCUUCAUGACCUGGACAUCAGUGAGAUCUGCUCAGUGGAUCCCUGCCAUAAGUUCACUUGGUGUUUAGAUGCCUGUAUCCGUGAGAAGUUUGUGGAUGGUAAGCGAGCCAGAGAGUUACAGGGUUUCCUGGAUGGAGUGAAGAAAGGACAAGAGCAAGUCCUUGGGGACCUGUCUAUGAUCCUGUGUGACCCAUUUGCCUGCAACACCCUAGUCUUGAGUAUCAUGAGGAACCUGCAAGAGCUGCUGAGCCAGGAUGCUUUACCACGAGAUAGUCCUGACCUGAUGCUGCUGCUGAGGAUGCUCUCACUGGGUCAAGGAGCAUGGGACAUGAUUGACAGUCAGGUCUUCAAAGAGCCUCGUUUGGAUUUGGAAGUGGUUACUCGCUUUUUGCCUGCAAUGAUGUCAGUGGUUGUGGAUGAUCACACCUUUACUGUGGAACAGAAGCUCCCAAGCGAAGAAAAGAGCUCGCUGUCAUACCCCACCACCCUGCCUGAAUCCUUCAACAGAUACCUGCAGGAGAACAGAGUGGCCUGUGAGAUGGGUCUCUACUAUGUCCUCCACAUUGCCAAACUGAGGAACAAGAAUGCCUUACAGCGGUUACUGCCUGCACUUGUGGAGACCUACAAUGAUAUGGCUUUUGGUGAUAUCUUCCUUCACCUGCUGACUGGACACCUCACACUUCUCUCUGAUGAGUUUGGAUCAGAAGAGUUUUGUUCAGUUGUCUUUGAUGGAUUCCUCCUUACAUCUUUCUCCAGUAAAGAAAAUGUCCACAGACACACCCUGAGGAUGUUACUACAUCUACACCACAAAAUGUCACCAUCAUAUAUGGAAACUUUGAUGAAAACUCUGGAACCUCCAAAACAGUGCAGUGAGCCACUGAAGGAGCUUUACAACCAGCUGACAGAGAAGAUGGAGGCGCAGAAAAAGAGCCCGCCUCCAACAGAUGAAACUCCAUCCCUGGACUUGGGGCUGCACCCAGUGACCGUUCCCACUACGGCCUCCACACCAACCACACCUCUCUGAAGCUCUUAACCACUGAUAGACUAUACAUACAGGCUCCAGCUGAUUCAUGAAAGGCUGGAAAUUUUACAGUUUUUUUUUUUUUCUUUUCAUCAAGGUUUAAUUUCUGUAGACAUUUGUCUUCCAGCUCUGACAGUGUACUUCACAGCCAAAGUUCUUUUUUUUUUUUGCAUUAUUGUUCAGAUACACAGUAUUUUCAUAUGUAACUGUGCUGUGUGUGUUUAUGAAGUGUGUCAGUAGUGCAGGAACCCUGUAAAUAAAGAACUAUUUGCAAA